AAAGACUUUAACAUGAGCAGUGAAGAUUACAGUUUAGAGAACCUGAUCUCCAGAAAAAAAAGGCGAAAGAACCGAGAAAGGAAGAAUGAAGACUUAGAAAAAUUGUUUGCUGAGCUUCAGAAAACGCCAGACGAAAUGUACGAUUCUCCUGUGAAUGCUGACUAUAAACUCGAAGGAAAUGAAGAACAAAAAUCUAUGGAUAUGAAGGGAGCUGUUGAAACGGCGCAAAGGUAUCUGGAACGGGAGAAGAGCGACAGACUUGCACAGAUAUUAGAAGAAGAUGAAGAUGUAACUAGUGAGAAAAAUUAUAAUUAUUUUGGAAGUGGUAUCAAGCCAUUUCCACCUAUCGUUUUAUCAGACGAAAUAUCGACCUUUCAGCCGGCAUCAACGAAGAAAAUUGUAUAUACUAAGAUCUAUAAUCUUGCCAACGACCGUCUUGGAAGAAGGCAACUUAUAUCGGAUGGAUGGCUGUCACAUUAUCAUAGGAGAGGUCUGGACUAUCCUUUGUCUGUAUAUAGAUGGCUGUUUCAAAUUGCUGCGUAUGAAAGUGAUCUCGACCAAUGCAACGGCGCGAAGCAGACCAUGUUAUCUUUAUGGAAAAGUUUGAAUUCUCAAGACUUCACUGUGGAUCAGAUGGUCGUCAAAGGAGAAAGUCAGUGUGCUAUACCGUGGCAAGAUUUCGAACAGGUUUUAAAGGCUUAUGGUGCAGCUGAAUCGGAGAUUGCUUGGGCACGACUGAUAAUAGAAGAAGAUGAUACCUGCCAACCAACUUUAAUGGAGGAUGUUCGCAACUCAUACACUAAUGCAAGUGAAAAGUCGCGCAAUCCUUCGUUUCCCAUUUCGAAUGCUCGAUACAUUGUACAUUUGUUUGGUCAAUCAAUAUGGCAAAGUCAAUCGAGCUAUAGUCCCAGUAUAUUGAGCUACGUCACUUUGUUACUCAUUCAAAUGUCGAUGGAUGAACGCUGUGAAGCUAUACUGCCCGACAUUGAAACGGCCAUUUGCUGCUGUUUGCAUUCUUACGACCAGAACUUGUGGAAGAAAGAGGUGGACAAUAUGGUGGCUUUGUUAUCGUCUCGAAUUUUGAUUGGGGAUAUCCAAGUAAAGUCAUUGAAUACACUCAAAAGUGUUUCAGAGAGGAGUGAUUAUUUCAGAAGAACUUUGGCUUUGAGCUAUGUGUUGAGUGGGGCUCCAACAGGAGAUCAGGCCAACCUUAAUCAGGCUUACGGCUCUUCAGCACCUUGUACUCCGCAGUCUAACUACAGUGAAGAUAUGCAAUCCAGCAACGGUUCUACACCAGCUUUAUCUGAAGUUCAAAAUGGCCUAUAUCCUAUCUCUAUCGAUUACCAAAUUGAACCUCUGAUACGAUCAAGGCAAUUGCUUGGUCUUAGUUCUGACCAACUGGACGCACACAAGCUAACUUGUACCAUAAAUCUUUUAUCUGUUUGUAUUGGAGACGAUGAAGGAGAAAUCAAAAGCCAAAGGUCAUCGGUGGAAAAGAUUAUACGUUCCCUGCAGCAUAUAGCCAAAAGAAUUGGUCUAGGAGGUAAAGUUGGGUCACUUGACCGAACAAUUGCCAGAGAGGUUUUAGAAAGACUCUGGAGUCGAUUAUCAUAUGUUAUCGGAACAAGAUCACAUAGAGCCAUAGAAAAUACUCAUGUUUAAUUGCAAGCGCGUGCUCGUUUCCCAGUGACCCACAGGUUUCAUUGAAUGCAAAGCUUAAUGAGCACUAUUCAAACCCAGACAAAUAUUUGAUUUCUUUUGGUGUGUUUAACGGGGAAAAUACGUUGGCCUUUGAUCUUUGAAUCUGCCUACGUCUUCUUCCAUUCUAACAUAAUUACCAUG